GUGUUAGGACUGAACUGCAAGGAGCGAUGUAUGGUAGAAGCUACCUCACGACUAAUAAGCGGAGAGGAGCGCAGUACCAUGAUCUGUCAGCUCAUACCUUCAGCUGUACCCAACUGUAAACUAUCACUCAGCUUCAAACAGCAGGUGAAGCUAAGUCUAGCAUCAGGUGACGGACCUGUCUACCUGACAGGAACACACUCCCAAGAAAUAGAGGAGGAGAUGGACAGUGACGAUGAAGGUGAAGGUAUGGAGGUGCCCCAGCUGGUAGACAAUGAAGCUGAAGAAGAAAGUGGUGAAGAUGAAGAAGAAUCAUCAUCAGAUGAUGAGGAGAUAGAUGAGGAUAAGAUGUUGGAAGAACUGGCUGCUGCACAAGCAAACAAACUGAAGAGUUUCAUGAAGAAAGACAAAAAAGCGAUCGCCAGCUCAAAGCCUGGCCCCGCCUCCAAAAAGGCGCCAAAACCUGAAACAAAGGUCGCAGAGGUAGUAGAAGAAGCAAAGGAAGAAGUACCAGCCAAAGAAGACGAAGAAAUGGAAGAAGCACCUGCAGCCCCAGCAGAAGCAGUAGAGAAGAAAGAUGAGCCAAUGGAAGAGAUAAACACACCUGCCGCUGCGGUGGUAGCUGAGGAAGAAUCAGACGAUGAAGAAGAAUCAGAUGAAGAGGAUGACGACGAUGAGGAGGAUGAUGACGAAGAUGAUGAGGAUGAAGACGGAGGCGAAGAAGUGGAAUCUGAUGAUGAAGAAGAAGAAGAUGACGAUGAUGAAGAGGAUGGCGAUGAAGAAUCAGAGGAAGAGAGUGAAGAGGAGGCCGCUCCAGUUACUAAAAAGAGGAAAACCGAAGCUCCAGCCCCGGUGCCAGUUAAGAACGGAAAGCCGGCUGCUACCCCCAAGCAGAAGAAGGAGAAACUUCAAACACCCUCCAAACCCAACCUUAACGAUCUGAAAAAGAAGCUCCUCGCAUCCCCCAGUCUCCCAAAGAAGUACGAGAAGUUCGUUAAUCUUAUGAAAAAUGCUCAUAAAGUUACCGACGAGAAGGAAAUCAAAAACACGUGGGAAUUUGUUCAAAAGAACAAGAAAUAGAAUAACGGGUUUUAAUGGUGGACUUGAUGACAGAUUUUUUUACUAAUUUAUUUCUUUUAUUAUUUAUUCGAUGGUUUGACACGGGUUUUUUGCCAGUCUUCAUUAUAUCGUCGCGGUUGUAGUGGACUCUGAAUCUCAAAAUAUGAACAUACCAGCGUUUGAUUAUAUUACGAAAGUUAAUUUU